CUCUCAACGGGGCGAAGUCCCUGGUGUCUGAUUGAUUCGCAAGUCGACGAGAAUUUGAUCUACCGUGUCGAGGGCAUCCAUUCCCACACGCGAACAAUUCCUUAUUGCUGACCGCGUUAUAUUGUUGGAACUAGCCUUGAGUUCAGAAGAUUCGCCGGAGGAAAUUGCGCAUGGGAGGGGCCGCGUAGCGUGCACGCGCGAGGUCGCGGGAAGCCGCUUGGUGGACUUCGAGAAAAAAAAAAUCAUGGCUGACGAGAUUAGCGACGCUCGCGAGGGGUAUGAUUGGCUCCGCGAAGAAUUCGUCAACGUAUUGAGGAGCAGGCGACGGCCGCUAGACGCUCCAGGUUUUUUGGAGGCGAGCUGGCAGGAGAGCAGUCAGAGACUGCCAGACGGCCGGACCCUUCUGUACCAAGAUGUUGAGUUGGUGACAGAGGAGGGAGAGCAGGGCCGUAUGCCUGUCACUAUAGUGAGUCUGCUUAUACCAGAGAACAAUGAGCAGCAGCAUCAGCAGAAGCGGGCAGCAGUGAUUCUGCUGCACAGCACGAAUAAGAGCAAGGAGGCUCUGCUGGAGAAGCAGAAGGAGAUAGCGUGUCUAGGUUUCGUUGCCAUCACGUGUGACAACCGCUACCAUGGCGCUCGUGCGUCCUCCCCUUCUGCAUACUCCGAUGCGUUGGUCAGGGCGUGGAGGACUGGACAGGAAAUGCCGUUCCUCUUUGAUCCGGUGUGGGACGUGCUUCGCCUGCUGGAUUAUCUCACAGCCGCUCACACCGAUAUCAUCGACUGCUCUGGCAUUGGAAUCACGGGUGUCUCCCUCGGCGGCAUGGUAGCGUGGCUGGCUGCCAUGGUGGACCCCCGGAUAGCAGCAGCUGCUCCCAUGAUAGGCGUGCAGUGUUUCAAGUGGGCGGUGGACAACAACUGCUUCCACGCUAGAGUGGCCUCCAUACCGCAUGCUUUCAAUGCAGCAGCAGCGGACAUGGGGAAGUCAGAGGUGGAUGCACAAGUGGUCACAGCGGUGUGGAACCGAAUCACUCCUGGCCUGCUGCACCAGUUUGGCCCUCGCAACUCCCUGCCGGCAAUUUGCCCGCGGCCACUGCUCAUUCUGAAUGGGGAGAGUGAUCCGAGGUGCCCCGUGGAGGGGUUGAGGGAAGCAGUGAGGCGCACAGAGGAGGCGUACAGCAGGGCACGCGUGCCACACAGAUUCGAGUUCUAUGCGGACGGGGGAGUGGGGCAUGAGGUGACGGACGCCAUGUGGGACAAGGCAAUCACAUGGAUGCAAACACACCUGCUGGCGGGAUGAUGGGAAAGGGAACAGCCCAGAUGCCAACCUCUACUUCAUGGGUGCCAAUUGCCUGCACAACUGCUUGGAGAACGUUCCUCUAUGAAUGUGAAGGUUGAUGGUUGAGCCAGAAACUUGUGAUGGUGUAUCCUGUCAUGUUUCUAAGAUGUUUGACUAGGCUGGUCUAGUGUCGCUUCGAAAUUCCUGCUGCUUCAGCAGUGUAUACCGGUACAUGUCUAAACAAUUCCCAA